AUGUUUGACUCAGAAAUGAAUGAUUCAGAUUGGAAUAUGAUGGUCAUUCCUUUAAAAUUCACAUGGCGACCUACAGAGACCGAAUUGAUCUAUUUAAAAGAACUAGUGAAUCUUCGAAUGAAUCAACAAGAAUUAAUAUCGAUUAAACAACAAGACUAUACUUCACCAUCGAUGAUCAUUGAUGAUUUUCUUUAUCAUGGUGAUAUAAAGCAUGCAAUGAAUAAAACCUUACUUGAAGAACUUGGUAUUCAACAUAUCAUCAAUGUAUCAGAUUGUAAAUUGGAUCAAGAUAUUCUCGAUCGAUGUCAUGUUCUAUGGAUGAAUGUAGAAGAUGAUACAUACGCUGAUAUUGCUGAAUACUUUAAGAUGACAAAUGAAUUUUUACAAUCUUGUAAAACAAAAGGUGAAAAAGUAUUGGUUCAUUGUCAAAUGGGUGUAUCUCGUUCAUCUUCAAUUGUUCUCGCCUAUUUGAUAAAAUAUCAUCAUGAUUCUCUUGAUAAAGCUUAUAAUUAUUUAAUCGAACGAAGACAUUGUGCUGAACCUAAUCUUGGUUUUCUCUUACAAUUGAUUCGUACCAAUCAAUCAAUAUUUCGUGUUAUUGAUAUGAUUCAUUCAAUUAUCAAUCAAAAUAUUUGA